AUGGAGGCCGUCCAUGACAAGAUUCAUGAGAACGGCACGGCCUUUGGCCCGACCGAUUCGGAGGUGAAUCCGCCAAUGCGGGGGCGAUCGCCCAUGUGGAGAGAGCUGUUUGAGCCCCUGUACCGAGAUGCACCAGGCGACAUCACCGUCGUCAGGGACGUGACGUAUGGGAAGGCAGAAAGGAACAAGCUCGAUGUGUACUUUUCCAAGACCAGCACGCGCGAGCAAAAGCCGGUCGUCGUGUUUGUUCAUGCAGGCGGCUUCUACUCUGGAGAUAAAUCUUGGAGUGAAAAGUGCUGGGCAAAUAUAGGCAACUACUUUGCGCAGAAUGGCCAGGUCGCAGUCCUGGUGAACCACCAGCUCGUACCGCAUGUGCGGUAUCCCGGGGGCGCCGACGACAUCCAACUUGUUCGGGAGUGGGUGUACAGCAACAUUGCGUCGGAGGGCUACGGCAAGGGAUCCGUCGACAAGGUGAUUCUUCUGGGCCAUUCCUCGGGCGGUGCUCACGUCGCCACCAACCUGUACGCCGCGGGAGAUGCAUCGCGGCCGGCGCGGGAGCCGCUGUCUCCUCCCGUGGCGGGUGUCGUCUACAUCAGCGCGCCGUUCUGGUUUGACAGGACGAAGCCGCUCAGGCAGAAGGCUAUCGGACACUACUUUGGCUCCGACGCAGAGGAGGUGUGGGGGCCUCUGUCUCCGCUUGGACUGUUCAACCGUCUGCCGGAGAGCUCGCCGUGCCUUGAUGUGCGGAGACUCCCGACAUACGUGGGCACGGUGAAAUACGAGGGAAAGGAGACUGCAGAUGCAAACGUUGCCUUCCUCAACGCAUACAGACAACGCAGCCGACCUAGCGGAACGCUCCCGCUGUUCCAUGUGGCCGACCGUCAUAAUCACAUGACGUGA